AUGGGAGAAACUGACGAGCCCCCUUUAUCCCGCAGUGUCAAGUCUACAGCGAAAGCUCUGGGCUUGGGACGCACCAAGGACCCGUCAAUCCUCCCAACUACCCACACCCCCAACAAUGGCAGCCCUCACAGUGCCUCGCACACGUCCCUCGCCGAGAAGCAGGGCCCCUCUGGCAGCCACAGCAGCGACGCCAGCCACACCCGCAAUGGCGUCGAGAAGUCGUCUGCAGCGACAACGCCCGCAGCUGCAUCUACGGCUGAGGGAGAGACAUCUGCCGCCAUAGAGCCAAAGCCGCCCAUGCUCACACGCAUGCGCGCUGGAACUAUUCGAUUUGGAAGCCAUCUUAAAAAUGCAAUCUUCCACAGCUGGAUCAAUGUCCUGCUCAUCUUCGUGCCCAUCGGUAUUGCCGUGCACGUCGCCGGCCUGGGUCCCGAGAUUGUGUUUGCCAUGAACGCCGUUGCCAUCAUACCGCUGGCUGGCCUCCUUGCGCACGCCACAGAGGCCGUCGCAGUACGUGUUGGCGACACGCUCGGCGCGCUACUGAAUGUCUCGUUCGGUAAUGCGGUAGAGCUGAUCUUGUUCAUUAUCCUGCUCGCCGGCGACCAGAUUGAGGUCGUGCAGGCAGCGCUGCUAGGAUCCAUCCUAGCCAACUUGCUACUUAUCCUUGGCAUGGCCUUCCUACUUGGCGGCUUGAGGUAUCAAGAGCAGGUCUACAACAGCACUGUCACUCAGAUGAGUGCCUGUAUGCUCAGUUUGGCUGUCAUGAGCUUGUUGCUCCCGACGGCCUUCCACGCCGCGUUCUCCAGCAAUGCCAUUGCCGACAAGGAGACGCUGCAAGUCAGCCGGGGCACCAGUGUCGUUUUGUUGCUUGUCUACGCCCUGUACUUGCUCUUCCAGCUUAAAAGCCACGGCUACAUGUACGCCAGCACUCCCCAGCACAUCAUCGACGAGGAAUCCCACCCUGGUGUCAUGGCCGGUGUCUUCGACUCGUCCAGCUCGGAUUCGUCGUCAAGCUCUAGCAGCAGUGAUAGCGACAGUUCGGCUGGCUCGCAUACUACAGCCAAGUCCAAGAUCAAGCGCGCCGUACGCAGGAUGCGCCGCAAGUCAAGCGCAAGCUCGAAGGAGACUCCGGACUUGCCAUCAGUUAUGUCCUCGCCUUCUGUCGAACGCCACAACGACUACUUCAAUAUGCAGCGCAACGGAACUGCCGACGAGAACGCUGUUCAUUCCAACAACAUGUCCCGCCGUGGUUCUCUCACUGCCAUCGUCAGCGGCGAUGAGGCUGACGUGGAUGAUUUCGCACCGAUUGCUCGUGACUUUGAAGCCGGAUCAUCUGCUUCCCCUACCACCAAGCGAGAGAAACGUAGUAAAAAGCAUUCGAAGAAGCACCGCAAGCAUCGCCAGGGAGACCUCGAAAAAACUGAGACUAUCGCGAUCCCAGCUCCUCAGCCUGACGCCGCACCCAAGGUUGCCUUCGCUGAAGACGUCAAGCUAGGCGAGGCUGCUGCCGUCGGUGCAAAGCGACCAGGCUUCCGACCGUCUUUACUCUCCGAGAACGUCUUCCGCACUCCGCAAACCCCCGCUCCUGUUGGUGCUCCGGUCCCUAACCUUCGUGUUGCGGCGGCUCGAACUCUUCGUCGCACCAAGUCUGAGCCCGAAGACAUUCGUCGCUUGGACUCUCAGAAGUCCACGAACAGCGCCGUGUCACGCCCAACGCCUCCUCGACUCGUUUCCGGUGCUCCCUCGGUUCAUCACGCUACGGACGCUGAAGAAGACGAAAUCCCCGAAAUGUCUCGUACCGCCGCCAUCAUGAUGCUCAUCAUUAGUACUGCCUUAGUCGCUGUCUGCGCCGACUUCAUGAGCGACGCCAUCGAGCCCAUGGUUGAGAAGACCGGUGUCAGCCAGUCGUUCAUCGGUCUCAUCAUCCUACCUAUUGUCGGAAACGCCGCCGAGCACGUCACUGCCGUCACCGUCGCCAUGAAGAACAAGAUGGAUCUCUCCAUCGGUGUCGCCGUCGGCUCUUCCAUCCAGAUCGCCAUCUUCAUUACCCCUUUCAUCGUUAUCCUUGGAUGGAUCAUGGCCAAGCCGAUGACUUUGUAUUUCAACAUUUUCGAGACGGUGGCACUGUUUGUUACGACAUUCGUAGUCAAUUUCCUAGUGUUGGAUGGAAGGAGUAACUAUAUGGAAGGCAGCCUGUUGAUCGCGGCGUACGUGAUCAUCGCUCUGGCCAGUUUCUUCUACCCUGAUGGUUGCGACGCGUCGCAGAUUGGUGGCAGUGCAGACACUUGCAAUGGAGUUACCGAGGCGACUACUCAUGCGGCGAUGAUGGUGAAGAGGAUGAUCGGGAUGUAG